CCGGAAGCGGUUGCUCCUUGGAGACAAGACGCGCGAAGGCGGGCCUGACCUGUCAGGACGAAGCUUUCUUAAACCGAUGGUGCCGGUUCUUCCUUUCCGACGAAGCGGCUGAGGCAGGUUGCCGUGAGGAUUAGGAUCCUGGCUCACUGCUGGGGCCGGGAAACAAGACCCGACGUUGGGAUUAACCUUUUAACUCCGUGGAGCUCCGCAUCUGCAGAACGGAGCUCUUCCCAGGGCGCUAAGGCGGGCGUGACCGCUCUUCGUAUGCCAUGUCUGCCUGAUCGGAGGAGUUGUCUUCGGCAACAAGAGCUGGUUUUUGCAGUUGCUGCACUUCCCGGACAGCAAUGGAAACUGUCCCAGGUUCUUCUGUUGAACAGCAAGACUCUGACAAUGACUCUGACACAGAGAGCAAAAUAGAUCCAGAUACCCAGGCCCUAGAGUAUGUGGAGCGUGUUCUUGGAACUUCAAAUCAGUCCAGGCAAGCAACUCAGUGUCUACCUCCAGAGUGUCUCUCAGUAGGUGGUAGAGUCCGAACAUCAGACCUCAAAUCACCUCUAGAACUGAAAAAAUCUUCUGUUGUUGAAGAAACUGCUUCAGGGCUGUUAUCUCUUCCUCUAGAGUUGAUUUUAGAAAUCUGUUCCUACCUGCAAGCCAGAUUUGUUUUGCAUGUCCUUCCUUUAGUCUGCAAGACACUGAGGGACAUUGUGCAAGAUGAAGUCAUUUGGAGAAUUCGACUUUUAAAAAGAAUUGGCAAUUGCUAUCCAAUUGUAGAAGGCAAUGAUUUUAACUGGCCAACAGCUUGCAUUGAACUAGAGGAACAUCUCCAACAUUGGGCAGAGAGUGGCAAAAACACAGAGUAUUUUUCCCUUACUGAAGGGCACUUUGCAUCUGUUGAUUCUGUACUGCUCCUUCAGGGUGGGGAUCUGUGUAUUUCUGGCUCUCGAGACCGAAAUGUCAACUUGUGGGAUCUAAGGCAGCUGGGCAAAGCACCAGAAAAAGUUCUAGUGAAAGUGCUGGGGACAGAGCGCAGUGGAACACACAAGGGGUGGGUUUGGUCUCUGGCUUCAUGUGAUAACUGUGUAUGUUCAGGCUCCUGGGACAGCAAAGUGAAGUUAUGGGAUAUAGCUGCUGAUGGAAAACAGUUUGGAGAAAUCAGUGAGAAAGCAGCCGUAUUGUGCCUUUCUUACUUGCCUGACAUUCUGGUCACAGGAACAUAUGACAAGAAAGUGUCAGUCUAUGAUCCACGAGCUGCUUAUGCCCCAGUGAUGAGCCGCAGGCUUCACUCCAAUGCAGUCCUAUCCCUUGCAGCUGACGAACACAUCAUUGUCUCUGGCAGUGAGGAUCGAACGCUGGUAUGUUUUGACAGGCGGACCAAUAGUGUGCUUCAAAGGCUUCAGCUGGAUACAUACCUAUUUUCCAUGUCAUACCAGGGUUCUCAACUAUGGGCUGGUGACAAUUAUGGAAUGCUAUAUGUCUUUGAGAACAAUGGAGGGCGUUUCCAGCAAAUUCGGUAUUUUGAUGUAGGUCAUCGCUCUCAGAUCACUGGAGUCCAACACUCAUUGGGUGCCCUGUAUACAACUUCCACUGACAAGACGUUCCGUAUCCAUGUUCCUACAGAUCCACCAAAGGUCAUCUUCUCACAGACCCACAGCUAUGUGCUAAAUGGGAUCUGUGCUGAAGGAAAUGUGGCAGUAGCUGCCUCAGGUGGUUUGUCCUUGGAGGUUUGGAAACUCAGUAUUUGAUGACAAGCCAAAAGCCAUGCUCUUAAAUUCAGGAUCAUCAAGUACAGUGUAUUGGAUUAUUUCCUCAUAGGUUCCAGAUUCCUGGUAUCUGCUGAAUUGUUGUUGUUGUUGUUUUUUUUUUAAUAUGUUCUUUGGUGCUGAAUAAUCAAAUGUUGAAACCUCAGCCUUGCUUGUCUGAGUAGGGGUAACAGGCUUGUAUGGAGGCUAUCUGAUUCACACUUGAACCUUAACCUUAACCUAACCCUUUCUUGCUGGCCAUCUCUUUCUCAUUUCAUCUUGUUUGGCUGAAACACAUAUUUGUGUGUACUCUUUCCAUCCUCUGGCCCCUUCAAGGUCUGCCCCACUCAACAUAUAGGAGCAGUAUACUCUCUAUGGCUUGAUGGCCAAGAACUUAUUGGCUUACCAGGUAAAUAAGCACAGGUCUAAGCAUGAAAGGGUGAAUUAUGGGCAGAGGGGAGGGUGAUGAUUAGAGAGACUACCCAGCUAACCGGGCCUGGUGAACGUUUACAUUUAAUUAAAAUAACUCUGCCAUAAUGGCAGAUCAAGAGUUAUGUUGCCUUUUUCCUCCCUUGUGAUAAGCAAAGCAUGUCUUAAAGCAUGAUUUUUAAAAGAUUUGGUUUAGAAUUAAGAAAUGGAACCCACUAAAUAAGAUUAUAGCAAAUUUUGACUGUACAACCAUUUUCUCAAUUUUGUCGUUAUUAAAUUAUAACAAAAACAA